UAGCAACGACUGGGAGAAUGGUACAGGAGUGGGCAGUGUUCUAUUCUGUUGUACAUAGGGUCGCUAUGAGUCAGAAGUGACUCAACAGCACCUAACAACAACAGGGCCAGCCUCACUAAAAAUGGAGCAUAAUUUUAAUUGUGCUAGUAGUAGAACUACACAACCUUGUUGGUGAUUAAGGGCUUUGGCUGCUAACCCAUAGGGUCGCUAUGAGUCAGAGUCGACAUGACGGCAACGAGUUGUCGGUGUCUUAUUUAGGAUGUUGGGAAAAAGUGGAACCCUGAGAUUUGGAACGGGGACAUCUAGGUAGACUUGGACAAAGCUGAGAAUCUUAAAACCCUGUCGCUCUGAGCCUCCGUUAUUGAUGGAAGCAGCCUACCUCCCAUGUCUGUGAAAACUAACCCUUUCUUGCUUGAAGAUCCUGUAAUAAUCUCACCUGGGCAGUUGACUUGCAAAGGAAUACUCAAGACCCAUCUCUACUACCUUUUGCCACUAGGCCCAUUGCUAGGGUCAGAUCUCUUCAUGUUCCACAGGAAAGGAACAAAAUCUGACCUGGUUGGAAAUAGCUUAUCCUCCAAAAGAAGUGCAGUAGUUUGCUGAUUUGUAUCAGUGGAAAUCUGGGGAAUAUGUGUGAGAAUGGAUUUUAAGGAUGUUAGGCCAAGGAGAAUGCAAUCUAACACUAGAUCAGAUCAAAUUUAUUGAUAUAGGUGUACUCUCUAGAAAUUCCGGAUCUAACAUGUUAGCUCAUGCUUGUUUGCUUUACCAAAAUGUGGACUCAGUGGUACCCUAUACUUAAUAAGGUCAAAAUGGCAGAUUUUUUCUUGCAUAAUAAGGAAGGAAUCUAAAGGCUUAGGAAGAUAGGAAUGGAAAGGAAUGGAUUUAUUAAAUACAACAUGCAUCCCCACCCCUCUACUGCAUCCUUUGAAAGGACCCAGAGGACACACUUUUCACAAAGGCAUUGAGAAAUACAUUAUUGAGAGGAAACUGGUAUUUUUGAAAAUCUCUGUGGUGCCUGCCCUCUGUAGACUGGUUAUGAUGAUGGGAGAUGCUGCCAUGAAAAUGAACUUCCUGACUCGAGGAUAAAGAUCAAGGUUUGGUUGGGAUGUUCCAGUGAUUCUGAGAAAUUCAGAAGAGACCCAGUUCAGCACAAGAGUUUUCAAAAAGCAAAUGAAACAAGUCAAAAAUCCUUUCGGCUUAGAGAUCACCAACCCAUCUUCAGCUUCAAUCACAACUGGCAUAACCUUGACAACAGAUUGCCUUGAAGAUAGCCUCCUUACAUGCUACUGGGGGUGCAGUGUUCAAAAAUUAUAUGAAGCUCUGCAGAAACACGUUUCUUGCUUCAGAAUAAGCACUCCCCAAGCGCUAGAAGAUGCUUUGUAUAGUGAAUAUCUCUACCAAGAACAGUAUUUUAUUAAAAAGGACAGCAAAGAAGAAAUAUAUUGCCAGUUACCAAGCGAUACCAAAAUUGAAGACUUUGGUACAGUGCCCAGAUCUCGCUAUCCACUGAUAGCAUUACUGACCUUAGCUGAUGAGGAUGACCGAGAAAUUUAUGAUAUUAUUUCAAUGGUGUCAGUAAUUCAUAUUCCUGAUAAGACUUACAAGCUUUCCUGCAGAAUAUUGUAUCAAUAUUUACUCCUGGCUCAAGGUCAAUUUCAUGAUCUUAAGCAACUUUUCAUGUCUGCAAAUAAUAACUCCACUCCCUCAAGCAGUACUUCUCCAGAAGAGAAAAGCACAGACAGAAGUUUGUUAGAAAAGGCCGGACUUUCUGAAAGUGAAGUGGAGUCACCUGAGGAGACCAGCAAGGACUGUGUUGUCUGCCAGAAUGGGCCAGUGAACUGGGUGCUCUUGCCAUGUAGACACACGUGCUUGUGUGAUGGUUGUGUCAGGUAUUUCCAGCAGUGCCCAAUGUGCAGGCAGUUUGUUCAGGAAUCUUUUGCACUUUGCAGUCAAAAAGAGCAAGAGAAAGACAAACUGAAAACUCCUUGAAGAUGUUGUUACAACUGAAAAGUACACUUUCCACUGAAGAUGCAGAAUUUUGUGUUCCUGGAAUUAAUCAUAACAUGGAAUCUAUAGUGUUGAUCAUCAGUGAAAAUUAUAUUUUAACUUCAUAUUUAUACGGCACAUGGAUGAUAACAAUUAUUCCUUUCAGCUUGGUAUAUGGUAACUACUGGAAUAACAUCUGUGUUAAUACAUAAAAAUUCAUUUAACUAAAGAGGAAUGUAAACAUUUGGCUUUCUGUCAACUAGAGGAUUUCAUAUAAUGCUGAUCAGAAAAAUUCUAUAAAGAAAUCCAUCUAAAAUUUGAGGAGGUAAAAGUCUUAAUAUUGCAAAAUGUUUUCCCUUUGAUAUAUUCUGGAGUACAAUUAGGAAAAUAAUUCUUCUUAAAGUAAUUGUAUGACUCCCCCCACCCCCCGCCAGUUUACAAAGGGGUUGGAAAAGGCUUCUUACUUCAAACCCUUUCUUGAAAUACCAGUUUUCAUAAAUACCCAUUUGUUUGCUUUCUUGUUUCCCAUAUCAUCAUAGUUACAUAAAUAUAAACACAAGUCUCAAUUUUUCAAUGUAGGUUCUUAAAUCAUAAAUGCAAGAUAUAAUUCUUGAAUGUUCUCAGUGUAUCAUAAAUUAAAAUGAUACUCAUCUAUAGGAGACAGAUAUAAAACUUUUAUGAUAAAAUUUCUUGGACAAUUAAAUUUCUCAUCAAAUGUGAUUAGAUUAGCAGAGUGGCACAUCUUAUAAAAUGGAAAGUGUGAUCCACUCACGAUGACCCUGUCUUCUCCCUGUGAGACUCAUGAUGCCUUACCUCAGAUUUUCUCCAGCACAGCAAAUCCAACCAGAGGGGUGUUGGAACCAGAAAAAUCACUAAAAUAAACAGAAAUAACUAUUUUUAUAGUGUAUUUUUAUUCCGAAUAAAUGCCACGCCCUAAGUACAUUAUUUUGUUCAUUUGUUGUUGUUUCCUGUUGUUGAGGAAACUGAUAGGCAAAAAAGAUACCCCUCUUUUUCCAAGAUGACUAAAAAGAUUAAACCAGAGCUUCCUGUGUCUUCAGUGAAAAUUACCUUCCAC